GCUCCUUCAUGAUGGUGAAUAGUUCUGGGAGGGCAUCUGGACAAAAAGCCCACUUGCUUUUACCAACACUGAAGGAAAAUGACACCCACUGCAUUGAUUUCCAUUACUACCUGUCCAGCCGAGACCGUUCCAGCCCUGGAUCCUUGAAUGUUUAUGUGAAAGUGAAUGGUGGACCUCAAGGCAACCCUAUCUGGAACGUCUCUGGGCUUGUUACAGAAGGUUGGGUGAAAGCAGAGCUUGCUAUCAGUACUUUCUGGCCACACUUUUAUCAGGUCAUAUUUGAAUCAGUUUCCUUGAAAGGACAUCCUGGGUACAUAGCUGUGGAUGAAGUCAGAGUCCUUGCUCAUCCAUGCAGAAAAGCUCCUCAUUUCCUGCGGCUUCAAAACGUGGAGGUUAAUGUUGGACAGAACGCGACAUUCCAGUGCAUUGCAGGAGGAAAGUGGUCUCAGCAUGACAAAUUGUGGCUACAGCAGUGGAAUGGAAGAGACACAGCUUUAAUGGUCACCAGAGUAGUCAACCAUAGACGUUUUUCUGCUACAGUCAGUGUAGCUGAUACAUCCCAACGCAGUAUCAGUAAAUACCGAUGUGUAAUCCGUUCUGAUGGUGGAUCGGGAGUUUCAAACUAUGCAGAAUUAAUAGUGAAAGAACCACCCACUCCUAUUGCUCCUCCAGAACUUCUAGCAGUUGGAGCCACAUACCUAUGGAUCAAGCCAAAUGCCAACUCCAUCAUUGGAGAUGGGCCUAUCAUCUUGAAAGAGGUAGAAUACCGUACAACCAAUGGGAAUUGGGCUGAAACCCACAUUGUUGAUUCUCCCAAUUACAAAUUAUGGCAUCUUGACCCUGAUGUGGAAUAUGAGAUCAGAGUGCUUCUUACCCGUCCUGGAGAAGGAGGAACUGGACCUCCUGGGCCUCCACUCACAACAAGAACAAAAUGUGCUGAUCCAGUCCAUGGUCCCCAGAACGUAGAGGUUGUAGACAUCCGAUCACGGCAGUUGACUUUGCAAUGGGAACCCUUUGGUUAUGUUGUGACUCGUUGCCACAGCUAUAACUUGACAGUUCAUUACCAGUAUAUAUUCAACCAGCAGAAAUAUGAAGCAGAGGAACUAAUUCAGACAUCAUCACAUUACACGUUGCGAGGAUUGCGACCCUUCAUGACCAUCCGAUUGAGGUUGGCUCUUUCAAAUCCAGAGGGCAAGAUGGAGAGUGAAGAAUUGGUUGUGCAAACUGAAGAGGAUGUUCCUGGAACUGUUCCCCUUGAAUCAAUUCAGGGAGGACCCUUUGAAGAGAAGAUAUAUGUUCAGUGGAAGCCACCAAAUGAAACCAAUGGAAUAAUUACCCUCUAUGAG